GUUUGCAAACACAGAAAGGGGUCUAACGGGGGUUCCGUUCUUGUUGGUACAUUGGUCUCGUUCAAAUUCAUUGAACGUUAUUUUUAUCCAAGAAGGCUUCGUUCUUUUGACGUGCCAAUUGCAGGGAAGUAUGAUUCACUUUCAUGUAUGUCCAGCUGAGGUAUCAAAAAAAUAGCCUUUAAAGGUAAGGAAUGUAUUUUGGUCUUUUCGAGUUUCCGUAUGUGCAACCGCAAUAAUAUUCCCCGAGUCUCGGAUACUUCUGAAAACAUCCAUGUUACAGAUUGUCACCAUGCCACUGACAAAUGCUGAAAAGCAAAAAAGAGUGAAGUUAAGGUCAAAGAGAAACUUUGGAAUUGCCCUUAAGCUAAGAUCAGGGCGGAAGGUAGCUUAGCGGUUAAGAGCGCCGGGCCAGAAACCGAGCUGACAAGGAUCCCUCACUGCAUUGGAGUGAGGUUAAAGAGGAGGCUGAAGAAUUUCCGAUUUCAGCUGUGUCGUUAGGAGUUGAAACAUCCCAGGUUUGUCAAAAGGAGGACCCCAAUGAACAAGAUCCUUCCUUUGACACAGUUUCAGACAUGCAUGGAGUCACAGAGCAGGAAUGUGGACAUAAAGGCAUGACACAUCUAAAGGUGCCGGCUUCUCCAGUCCCAGUCAAAGAGGAGUCUGAAGAAUGCUCCCUUCUGCCAGUAGAUGAAGAGAAAGUUGCCCUAUUUACAGUGAAGAAGGAAGAGGAUGAAGACGGGUUGAAGUCAGAAGAUGAGGAUGUUGUGAAAGUGUCAGUGCCUUGGGAACCGUUGGAAACAUCAUCAUCAUGCUCAGAUACAGAGGAUACAGAGGACAGUGAUAUGGAAAGUGAUAAUGUGCAGGACUGUGAAAACCAUGAGCUUGAUGUUUCAAGAGGAGUGAAGAUUAAAGAUUGCAGCAGGACAUCAUUGGAUCCAGGGACGCUACCAGAUAGAGAUGAGAAAGCUAAUGCUGUUGAUUUCAGUUGCUUUGAAGGGGGGUCCUCCUUCUACCCCUGCCCCCAUUGUGCAAUCGGCUUCACCAUAGAACGCUUUUUCCUUGGGCACCUGAAGAGGGACCACCCUAAAGAUUACAUUGAAAUGCUGAAGACUGGGAAAAUCAAAGCCUAUAAAAGAGGGAGUUUACGGGUGACCCCAGCCACAUGCCCACAAUGUGGCAAGAGCUUCACCAAUAAAUAUGUUAUGCAAACGCAUCAGAGGACUCAUGCAGGGAAGAAAUCUCAUCACUGUGCAGACUGUGGGAAGAGCUUUGUCUACGCUGAUGCACUUAAAAGACACAGAUGGACUCACGCUGGGGAGAGCAUAUAAAUGCUCUCGAGUGUGGCAAAGGAUUCAGCGGACGAACCAGUCUGACCAGCCAUGAAAUUAUCCAUACAGGAGGGGGACCAUUUAAAUGCUCUGUUUGGGGAAAGGAUUCAAUCAGGAUGUAACAUAAAACGUCACCAACGAUUCUGUGUAAAGACCGAGUAAGCGGAAGAAGUACAUAUAUGAUCUUUCGUGAGUAGGUGUCAGAGGAUUGCAAUAAAGAACAUAUUAUAAUAAUGUAACUGAUGUAAUACACUGCCACCUAAUUAAGUAUGUUAUUGGUACAUUGGUCUAGUUGAAAAUGUAAAUCAUUCAAGACAGGCCUUUUCCUUAUCUGACGUAGGAUUCAUGGUAGUAGGAUUCAUGUAAAUGUGUGCCCAGCAGAUGGCAGUAAAAUACAUUUGAAAGGAAAAUAAAGUAUUUUAAAAUUGGUCUUUUCGAGUUUCCGUAUGUGCAACCUUAAUAAUAUUCCCUGAGAUUUAGAUGUCUAUGUAACUAGCAAGCAGGUCACGAGUCUGUUCAUUAUCUGCUGAAGAUGGAUCCAAUGGAUAAAUAUGGGACAUAUGAAAGCAGUGGUCAGCCAGAAGAGCUUUUUGAUCCCUCACUGCAUUGGAGGCAGGUCAAAGAGGAAGCUGAUGAACUCCAGAUUUCAACUGUGCCAUUAAGAGUUGAAACAUCCCAGGUUUGUCAAAAUGAGGACCCGGAUGAACAAGAUACCUCCUUUGAUCCACUUUCAGUCAUCCAUCGAGUCACAGAGCAAGAGUGUGGAGAUAAAAGCAUGACUUACCUCAAAGUAAGGGUGCUGCCUUCUCCAGUCCCAGUCAAAGAGGAGUCUGAAGAAUGCUCCCUUCUGCCAGUAGAUGAAGAGAAAGUUGCCUUAAUUACAGUUAAGGAAGAAGAGAAUGAAGACUGGUUGAAGUCAGAAGAUGAGGAUGUUGUGAAAGUGCCAGUGCCUUGGGAACCGUUGGAAACAUCAUCAUCAUGCUCAGAUACAGAGGAUACAGAGGACAGUGAGAUGGAAAGUGAUAAUGUGCAGGACUGUGAAAACAAUGAGCAUGAUGAUUCAGGAGCAUUGAAGAUUGAAAAUUGCAGCAAGACAUCAUUGGAUCCAGGGAUGACACUAGAUACAGAUGAGAAAGCUAAUGCUGCUGAUUUGAGUGACUCUAAAAAGGGGUCCUCCUCCUUCUACCCAUGCCCUCAUUGUACGCUCGGUUUCACCAUAGAACGCUUUUUUCACGGGCAUCUCAAGAGGGCCCACCCUGAAGAGUACAUCACUCUGCUAAAGUUUCGGAAAAUCAUAGCAACCCAAGCCACGUGCCCACAAUGUGGCAAGAGCUUCUCCAAUAAAUAUGUUAUGAAAACACAUCAGAAGAGUCACACAGGAGAGAAACCAUAUCACUGUGCAGACUGUGGGAAUAACUACGUCUUCGCUGAUUCACUCAAAAAACACAGAUGUGGGAAAGGAUUACGAAGACAAACCCAUCUGACCAGCUAUGAAAUGAUCCCCACAGUAGAGAGACCAUAUACAUGCGUUCAGUGUGGAAAAGGAUACAGAUUUCAAACCCAACUGACUAGCCAUGAAAAGAGCCACACAGGAGAGAGACCAUAUAAAUGCUCUCAGUGUGGAAAAGAAUACAGAAGACCAGCCCAUCUAAAGAGACAUCAAAUGACCCACACUGAAGAGAGGCCAUUUGAUUGCCUCAGGUGUAAGAAGUCAUUCUACCGGCCGGAAACUCUAAAAGCACACCAGAAAACCCAUACAGGAGAAAAGCCUUAUCGGUGCUCUCUGUGUGACAAAUGUUUUGGCUUUUCCAGAGACCUUAAGAGACAUCAGUUGACACAUACAAGGGAGACCCACACUGGACAGAGGUCCUAUGAUGUCCACGAGUGUAAGAAGUCCUCCGGCCAGCUGGAAAUUCUCAAUGCACACCAGAAAACACACAAAGUAGAAAAGCCUAAGCCUUAUCAGUGCUCUCAGUGUGACAAAUGUUUUGGCUUUUCCAGAGAUCUUAGAAGACAUCAGUUGACACAUACAGGGGAGAAACCGUUCAGUUGCCCCCAAUGUGAAAAAUGUUUCGGUAGGAAAUGGGAGUUGACGUACCACCAACGGACACACAGCGGAGAGAGGCCUUACCACUGCUCUGAGUGUGGACAGAGCUUUAGCCUAAGGGGGAACUUUAAACGCCACCAGCAGAGCCACACAGGGAAGAAGACGUUUCACUGCACUCAGUGUGACAAGAGUUUCUUCAGAGCGGCUCACCUGAAAACCCAUCUCCUCAUUCACAAUAGAACCAAAACAGUGGUCUGCUCUAACUGUGGGAAAGGGUUCAACCAUGACGGGAACUUAAAACGUCACCAACGAUUCUGUAUGAAGACAGAGCAAAAUUGUAAUGCACCCCCAUCUGUAGAAGUACAGAUAUGAUAUAAUAAUAUAAUACAAUGCCAUCUAAUUAUAAGUCUGUUCUUCUUGGUACAUUUAUCUCUAGUUCAAAAUCAUUCAAGAGACAGGCCUUUUUGUUCUCUGACGACUGUAGGGGAGUAGGAUUCGCUUUCAUGUAUGUCCAUUAGAUGGCAGUAAAAUAGGAAAGUAUUUUUACAUGUAGUGGUACUUUUUACUUUUCGAUAUUCUGUAUGUGCAACCGCAAUAAUAUUAGCUGACCCUCCGAUACUCCUGAAAAUCAUCCAUGUAACUAGCUAAAGGUAAAUAUAUUUCUGAAUAUAUAUAUAUAUAUAUAUAAAUAAAUAUAAACAUAUAUGAGCUUUAUAAAGCCAUUUGAGGACAAAUUGGGUGUGUAGCUGACUAUACAAGCCUUAUGUUGUGCCAGAGAAUAAAUUAGGGCAAUUCCACAUAGCGUUACUAGUUGUUUCAAAUAGGGUGCUAGUACAGUAUAACAAAGAGAGUAGCUAGCUAUGUAUGUUUUGAAACUGUUUAAAGACCCAUGUGGACCAACAUGUGAAGUUCAUACGAGCAUCAAGUUGGGUGUCAAAUAAAAGCUAAGACUGUC